UCCUAAAUCAGACAAACAUUUUUCCAGGUUAAAAAGGGGCACUGACCACGGCACUAGAAGUCACCCGGUACUUCAAAGACCAAGCUGAAGAUGAAGCCUGUGAUCAUGGUGCAUGGCGGAGCCUAUGCAGUUCCUGAUGCUUUUGCUGAUGAAUGCAUGGCUGCUGUGAAAACUGCUGCCUUGGAGGGCUUCAAGGUCCUGGUCAGUGGAAGAGGUGCAGUAGAUGCUGUGGAAAGCAGUGUUAGAUCUUUGGAGGACAAUCCCGUACUGAAUGCAGGACAUGGAGCGGCGCUGAAUACUAAUGGAGAGGUGGAACUUGACGCGCUCAUCAUGGAUGGCAAAACUCUAGCAGCUGGAGCCGUCUCCUCCAUCAAGAACAUUUCUAAUCCAGUGACAUUUGCUCGUUCAGUCAUGGAAAAGACAGAACAUGUCAUGCUCACGGGGACAGGCGCCAACCAAUUUGCAGACCGUCAAGGCUUUCCCAGAGUUGACACAAACGAGCUGAUAUCUGAAAAGGAAAGGCACAAUUGGGAGCAUCGGAAGAGGUACAGCGAAGGUGUACAAGAACAGUUCAAUUCCCAGUGGGUCCAUGACACUGUUGGUGCAGUAGCCUUAGACUCUGAAGGAAAUGUGGCCUGUGCCACCUCAACUGGAGGAAUCUGCAACAAAAUGGUUGGCCGAGUUGGAGAUUCACCAAUCAUUGGGUCUGGUGGCUAUGCUGACAACAACAUUGGUGCAGUGUCCUGUACCGGCCAUGGAGAAUCCAUUAUGAAAGUUACUCUUGCAAGACUCAUUCUUUUCCACAUGGAACAAGGAAAAUCGGCAGAAGAUGCCGCAGAGGAAGGACUUCACUACAUGGGCAGCAGGGUCGGUGGAGGAGGCGGUGCGAUUGUGGUGGGCCGUGCAGGAGACUGGGCAGCAAGGUUUACCACAGAGAGAAUGGCCUGGGCUUCUGUCAAAGAGACCACCUUGUCUUACGGUUUGAACCCCAAUCAAGUUGUGAGUGAAGCUCUUGAAGGUAGUUUGAGGGGGCAGAAGCUUCUGUAAAAAAUAUAAAUAUGAAUAAAAGAGAAU